AUGAGAGCCUCGACUCUCACCGUCAGCCUUGCAUCGGUAGUCGUGCUGCUGUCGUCCGUCCAGAUUAUCGCGGCCGGUGCCGAUGCCGACAAACCAGGACAGCGCACCAAGGUCCAGCGGUCUCCUGCUUCUCUAAGCUUCAAACACAACGUUAGGAGCCCCCAGGAUCCCGAUGUAUUCGUAAGCUACGACUAUGGAUACCCGUAUCCUCCGUCUCCGCCGACCACGUACGCUGAGCAGCUGUCGUCGACCGUGACUUCUCUUGCCUCCGGCAGCGAAGUAGCGUCUUACACCAAGAAUAGUUCGGUUGCUAGCAUCACCGGUACUCCGGGCGUCUCUGGUUCCGCCACGACCGGCUUUACCGACUCUUCUGGAGCUACCGUCACUGUCUCUGAUACUGUCGUUAUCUACCCCCCUAACUCGACCAAUGGAGGGCUUUCCAUCUCGAGCGUCUACGACUACCACUGUAAACUCCUCCGGCAUCGAUACUGUUUCGACAGCGUCCGUUGUAUCCACUGGGUCGAGCCAGACGAUGCCCGUUUCGCAAAGCACGUGGGCAUCAGUCUCCUCAACUCGGUUACCACCUUUGAUCUCAAAUUCAUCGGCGCAAACAUUGUCGGGCACUGGAUCUACCACCGCAUCUUCCUCUGA